CACUGCCUGCUUAUGCCCUUCUGUUUCUCUCACUCGAUCAUACAUACUUAAUUAUUGUCAAACCUGCCGGGUUAAUCCACUCUUUCAAUCGUCUGUCAACAACACUCCUUUGACCUUGCUUGUUUCAUCUGUAUUACAACCCUUCGCAUAAAAUAUCCCUUUAAUCUCACCCUAAUCUACUCCAUUUCUUUUUUCUUAAAAGCGCAUCGCAAAAAUGGGAGAUAAUAACCACAUCGGCGAAGCUGGUCUUCACCAUCUUCCUCUGCGCAUGCGAGACGCAACGCUCUCCAAAUUCCCCUCUUUAAACCAACGAAAUGGCAAAAAAGUCCCUGAGAGCUUACACUUCACCCCCGGGGCUUUUCGUCUCAGAUCGCCGACCGAGUCGUCGAUGAGUAGUAUUUCUUCGGCGAAUGUGCCUGAUUCUGCGACGACGCAUUCGCUUUCUACGCUGGCUAGUCCGAUAAGUACCACGUAUGCGAGCUCGAUCCAGGAGCAGUUUGCUGCUGCGACGCUGGAUGGGUCGAGGCCUGCGAGUCGGAUCUGCCAUCGACAUAAUCCGUCUAGUGGGACUUGCUCGACUUUUGUUAAUGAAGAUGAGGACGCGAUUAUUACGGGAUAUCCUGAGUUUGACAUCAAGAUUAGGAAUUUGAAUGAGGCGCAUGGGAGACCUGUUGUGCAAGAGGUUAGGCCUGAGAGGUGAGUGUUCCGAUGGUUCCGUGCGAUCGUGUCGCUUACGGUCGCAGCCCCAGUACGGAGUCCUUUAUCAAAGAGGAGAGGGUUCUUACGCCUACGACAGAGUCGCAUCGCACGGAUGAUGUUUCUAAUGAUGAUGAAGACGAUUCUGAAGAAGUGUCGCAAGAGGAUGCAAACUCGGUGCUCAAUUACGCACUUCAGGUCAUCUACGGCGUCGAUCUUAAUGACGUCUCAAUCCCUCAAGACAAGGUCCAAAGCCUCGUAUCCAACUUUACCCAAAACAUAAGUCAGCAUAUUUGGCAAUCUGCUUCAGAUGGUCAAUUGUCGCACACAAUGUCAACAUCAAGCUCUUCCUCUACACCCUCGCAAGACGCUAAUGGCGAUCGCCGGGGCGGAAAGAGGAAGAAGCAAGGGAGGCGUGAAGACGACGGUGAGGAGUUUAGCGAUGGUGAAGGGUCGGGAUACUUGCCGACCAAGCGCUCGAGACCGAAUCCUAAAGAGGAUGAGAAUCUUCGAUUAAGUUGUCCGUUCCGAAAGAGGAAUCCUCAUCGGUUCAAUGUGAGGGAUCAUCAUAGCUGCGCGAUGACUUAUUUCCCCAAGUUCGCUGAGCUCAGGCAACACAUUGUUAAACAGCACAAGCGCGAUGAUCCAUCUGCUUUCGUCUGCGACCGCUGUAGCCGCGACUUUUCUACGCGCAAAGAACUACGUGAUCAUCAACGUUUGCCGAAGGAGUAUAUGUGUGACAUUGCUGAUGCUGAUGCUGAGAGUGGUAUCGAUCCCCAGACUGCCACAAAGCUGUUAAGCAGAAAGCGGGCGAGUGGUACUUCACCAGAGGUUCAGUGGAAGGAGAUCUGGAACAUUGUGUUUCCCGAUGAUGACGAUAGUGAUGUCCGACCAUAUGAAUACACACCGGUGAUUGAACACUUCGAAGUCGAAGCCAAGUACCGCGAAGCAUUCGACCAGCUCAAAUACUCCCUCCUUGACAAAAUCUCCAACCCCGCCACCCUCGAAACCCUCUCCACAAAAUUCUACCAAUGCUUCAUCGAGACUCUAGACCAAUGCAUCGCCAACGCCCAAAGCAUGCCCUACACAAACCGCAGCAACAAAAAGAACGACAUCCUCCGCUCCCAAACAACACAAAGCGUCCGCAAGCCCCGUGGUAUAAUGCCCCGCCCCGAUUCCGGCGUUGUAAUGGACGAUGGAUCUGAAGAGAGCGGGAGUGUUAUGCUUGGGCAUAGGGAUAGUGUCAGGACUGUUAGGACUGCGUUGCGGGGAAGUCAGGUGCCUGAGACGGUAAAUGAGAUAGUUCCUGCUACGGGGUUUGAGGGGCUGAUGAUGGGGAUGGAUGGGGCGGAUGUGCAGGCUUGGAAUAAUGGGGUGAUGUAUCCGCAGAUUAUGCCUGAGCAGCUUAUUCCCACGGGGGGCAUGACGCCGCAGACGGAGUUUGUCAAUUGGGGACAGAUAUAUCCUGGUUUUGAUACGUUGGGGAAUGGUGUCAAUGGGUUCACGGGGUUUAAUGGACAGCAGUAAUGAGGUUGGGCUGGGCUGGGCCUGGUGGGUUAAUACUUCUUGUAUAUGAUUUUGUCCGAAUGGUGAGACUAUGAUCUCGAUAACCAAGAUGAAUUGCUUCUCGCCCGAUGGAACCAAUAUUAUCUUCCCAGUCCUGGCUGUGGAUACAGGUGAUGCCAUUAGGCCAGCUAAAAGAUAAGAUCGC